CCGCGCUCUAAUGCCACUUCGUCAUUUUUUCAGUCGCCAUUGUUCUCGUUCUCGGCCGUCGAAUUUGUGAAAAUAAUCACAUUUCCCUUAAAAUUCGCUGCAAUAAAUACAAAAGCGAGUUAUUAAAAUACAACACAAAACAAGUGCAAACGCAGUGCGUGACAGAUUGAAGCGCAAGUCGAGCAAAAACGGUGACAACAGCAGUCAGUGUGAAAACCAGGGGCAAAAAUCGAAUAUUUGUUCGUGGCAACUACAUAUUCUUGUGAAAAGGCCAGAAAAUGUCAUCUGUGAAUCCGGAAUACGAUUAUCUCUUUAAACUGUUGCUGAUUGGCGAUUCGGGCGUUGGAAAGUCCUGUCUGCUGCUGCGAUUUGCCGAUGACACAUAUACAGAGAGCUAUAUCAGCACAAUCGGAGUAGACUUCAAAAUUAGGACUAUAGAACUGGACGGGAAAACCAUUAAGCUGCAAAUCUGGGAUACUGCUGGCCAGGAGCGCUUCCGUACCAUCACGUCUUCAUACUAUCGAGGUGCUCACGGCAUCAUCGUCGUCUACGACUGCACGGACCAGGAGUCCUUCAACAAUGUGAAGCAGUGGCUGGAGGAAAUCGAGAGGUACGCUUGCGAGAACGUCAACAAGCUGCUUGUGGGCAACAAGAGCGAUUUGACCACCAAGAAAGUCGUCGAUCAUACCACAGCUGCGGAGUAUGCUGCUCAGUUAGGCAUUCCAUUCCUUGAAACUUCGGCCAAGAGUGCCACAAACGUGGAGCAGGCCUUCAUGACGAUGGCGGCCGAGAUCAAGAAUCGCGUCGGGCCACCGUCCAGCGCCACCGACAACGCUAGCAAAGUGAAAAUCGAUCAAGGACGUCCAGUGGAAAACACCAGAUCCGGUUGCUGCUGAAUAACUCUGAUUGUGAAUCAUUAUUUUAUUAUAAAAUUAAACAAAAUUUAAAUAUAAUAAAUUAAAACGGAAACCACAAUAAUAGUGAAACAAAAACAAAAAAUGGCGAGACCACAAAAUCGUAAUUAUAAUACCUAAUUCAGUAAUAACAAUAAUGAAUGAAGAGUAGUGCGUUUGUAUGAUCCUAACCGUGAUCCGAUUCGAUUAACACAUUAAGCAAAAAUGUAAUAGCCGACAAUGUGGCCGACAAAAUUCAGACUCCAGAUAACCUCCAGAAUACACAUUCACACAAACCAAACAAAUCGUACACACUAGCCGCAUGACUAGCAGGAUACUGAUACUAACCGUCUUUCUGAUUUCAGCAGUUCUGUUCAUAAGUAGUGCAAAGCAAGCAAACAAACGGUGUAGCAAUUAAAUUAAUAUUAAAUCUAACCUACAGUAAGAGUUACUUAUCACAGCAGCGCGAAACAAUACGAUAUGUAUGUACUAUUAAUACAAAACUGCAUCGCAUUAACUGAACGGAGUCGAAGUCGAUGGCAACGGCUAGCGAGAGCAAUUAUAUUGUACUGUGUCAGCUACUACUUACAACUAUGUAUACAUAUGUAUGUGUUUAAAUUACAAAUACAAUUUUCUAAACAUAUUAUCUCUAGCGAAUGUGCUCGCCACUUGUCUCUGUCAUAUGAAAUUUUAUGUAAAUCGAAGGAAACCAAAACCGAACGAACAUUUUUAGAAUCCGAUUGUGUGUUUGUAUUUUCGUGUGACGUAAGGGAUUUGUUUAGGCACAUAAUUAGUGUAAUAAUGACGACAUAGCGAGAUGAAGUUUAAUAAAAAUUAUUGCGUGAGCGUAAA